AUGGGUUCCGUCGCCAAAGUUAGUUCGCUUGAUCAUUUAGUCCUAACGGUCAAAGAUCUGGAUGCCACGGUCAAGUUUUAUCAAGACGUCUUGGGAAUGCAGUUCUCAUCGUUUGCUGCUGCCAAUGAUCCUAGCAUCGUACGACACGCACUCAACUUUGGGACACAAAAGAUCAAUUUGCACGUCAGUGGCAAAGAAUUCGAGCCGAAGGCACAGUAUGUGCAACCAGGGAGCGCGGAUUUGUGCUUUCUCAUGGAAGAUAACGUGGAUGACGUACUGAGCCGAUGCCAGGAGAGGGGAAUCACGGUUCUUGAAGGCGGACAAGUGGUAGGGAGGACGGGGGCCCAAGGCAAAUUGCGAAGCCUCUAUGUUCGCGAUCCGGAUGGGAACUUAAUUGAGUAA